GACAGGAAGGAUAAAAAGGCUUUGUUCGCUGCCGGGCUGGGCGGAGGUAGGAGGGUCCCGCGGAGGAUGGAGGACAAACCCCCCGCCGGCAUCAAGCCCUACCUGGACAAGCUCACCCUGGGCGUCACAAGGAUAUUGGAGACUUCUCCAGGAGUUGCUGAGGUGACAUUUGUGGAGAAGGAGCCAGCUGAACGCCACACCAUCAUUUCUUGGGAGCAAAAAAACUCCUGCAUAUUGCCAGAGGAUUUAAAAAACUUCUAUCUGAUGACCGAUGGCUUCCAGAUGACCUGGAGUGUGAAGACUGAUGAUACUCCCAUGCCUCUGGGCUCCAUGGUGAUUAACAGCAUCUCACAGCUGUGUCGGCUCGGGGGCUCCUCCAUGUACACCCUGCCCAAUGCUCCAACCCUCGCCGACCUGGAAGAUGACACGGACGAGGAAGGUAAUGGAGACAAACCAGAGAAGCCACACUUUGAUUCUCGUAGUCUUAUCUUUGAAUUAGACCCAUGCAACGGGAAUGGGAAGGUCUGUCUUGUUUAUAAACAUGCUGAACCAGUUGUCUCCCCAGACACAGAGAUAUGGUUCCUGGACAGAGCUCUGUAUUGGCAUUUCCUCACCAAAACCUUCACAGCCUACUACCGCCUGCUCAUCACCCACCUGGGUCUCCCACAGUGGCAAUACGCCUUCACCAGCUACGGGGUCAGCCCCCAGGCUAAGCAAUGGUUUAACAUGUACAAACCCAUAACCAUCAACACAGCGCUCCUGUCUGAAGAAGCUGAUUCCUUUGUGAACAAGCUGGACCCCAACAAGGUAUUUAAAAGCAAGAACAAAACUCCAGUGCUCAAAAAGAAACCACCUUCUCAGCCAGCAGGCUCCCAAAAGAGUCACACGAGCAUGACCUCUGCCAAGACAUCCUCACUAGCUGGGAAUUCUUCAAGGAAGUGAGACCCCCCAGAUCUAACCCUGGACAGCGUUUGCAAUAAGCUCUGGUGUUCUCUGCUGCAGAGUCUCAGUGGUUCAGACCAAGUUCCUUGUGCAUGAAUAGAUGUGCCCAUGGAAAACACAUUGCAACAUUUGCAUGAAAUAUAGCCACGAUGUGGAUGUAGUUCCUGGAGACUCUUAAAAAAACUUGAGACAUUGAUUUUAUUCCCUUGUGCUACUUUGCAGCAUGUAUUUUUGAGAGGGCAUGAAGAAGCCCUUGAUAUCACUGCUCUUUUGUUCCUAUGCAACUGCAACUGCAGCAGUGAAAUGAAGGCAGAUGUAAGUCACCAUUACUUUAACAGACCAUGCUGCAACAGAGGGUAUGAAGAUAUUUCUGCCAUCUCCUCUGAAAGAAACCUGUCCUGACCUUGCAUGCUGUGGAAGCAGGCUGGAACCUGCUGAAUAAAGAAAUAACUUCCACUUCAGAUAGAAUCAAAUUCUGCGCUUCCCUAUGCUCCUUCCAACUUCUGCUCUGAGAUUCAUGGUGCAAGGGACCUGAGACGUUGGUGUCUCUGCACUGUCCUAGCUGCUUGCUCUACAGCCCAGACCACCUUUUGGCCUUCACACUGUAUUUUUUCACAUAGUGACAUAGAAUCAUAGAAUCAGCUGGGUUGGAAAACGCCUCCGAGAUCACCAAGUCCUGUGGCAGUUAGGCACGGACCCACCAGAUUGAGUGCAAGCUGGCAAAUCAUUUAUUAACAGUCAAGCACACAGUUUUAUACUCCUCGAUUACAUAAGAGGUUACAUAACCACAGAGCACGUGCUAUUUCCCCAGCGAUCAUUCUCCAAUCCUUCCAGUGGGCACGUGCAGUUGAGCACUUUCUUUGGGGGCCUGCUGCAGAGACUACAUUUCCCAUCCUUCCUUGCAAUAGUCUUCCUGUAAGGUGUUAACCCUUUCCCACAAAUCCGCCUUCUUUAUUAUAAUAAGAAGUUACAGAACAGUAUAACUCUAAAACCUUUCUUAACAUAAAACAACAUUAUCUUAACUAGCUGUAUAACUCAGGGCCUAAAUCUAAAAGGCCUUUAUUAGAGCUAAUUACUCUAUACACUAACUUCAUUAAUCAUGUAAUCUUCAUUAAUCCAGGAUUUUUUAAGGGUUUUUAACAGGUGACUUUUAUCUGAGGGUUUGUAUGUAACUGGGUGAAAAACAUUAACUUUAUUUUGAGGGGAAAUGUGUUAGAGUAUAGAUAUUGUCAUCAUCAUCAUGGCUAGGCUUCGUGAAUGAAGAUUUGGGAAGGGCUCUACCCACAUUUGCUACAAGCACACUGGUGACUAAAAAGACCAAUACGAGAUAGACAAGACCGGUUGCAGAAGGCACAGCAGAAAGACUCCUUAGGUGGUAUUGGCAAGGCAUGAUUCUUUCUGUGUUGUCUUUUCUCCUCGAGAGUGAUCCUGCGUGUGUUCUCAAAGGCAUCAGCAGCAUUAUAGAUGGCGUGUCUCCAGGCCUCCUGAUUGGAGGCCAGAGUAGACCAGUGAUGCUGAUCAAUAUGGCCAAGGCUGAGAUAUUGUUUCAGGGAGUCCUUGUAUCUUCUCGUUGGGGCUCCUCUCUUCCGGCAGCCGGUGGCAAGUUCACCAUAAAGCAAGAUCUUAGGGAGGCGGUGGUCCUUCAUCCUUGAGACGUGCCCUGCCCAGCACAGCUGUGUUCUCAGCAACAUGGCCUCAAUACUUAUAACUGCUGCCUGUUCUAGAACAGACGUGUUAGUCACAUAAUCUGACCAGUGGAUGUUUAGGAUUGUACAGAGGCAGUGUUGAUGGAAGCGUUCUAAGAGACGCAGGUGGUGACAGUAGAUGACCCAUGAUUCGGAUCCAUAUAAAAGAGUAGACAGCGCUAUGGCUCUGUAAACACUGAUCUUUGUACUUCUCUUCAGAUGUUUAUUUCACCAAACUCUUAUGGAGUCUUCCAAAAGCACUGUAUGCCUUUGCUAACCUGUUGUCUAUCUCUCCGUCAAUCUUACCAUCCGAGGAGAUGAGGCUACCUAGGUAGUUAAACUGCUGGACUGAUUUGAGCUCUGAUUCGCCAGUGGUGAUAUGGGGAUGAUGGAAGGCUUCCUGAGGUGCCAGUUAAUAGAGAACUUCUGUCUUCUUUAAGCUGACUUUCAGUCCAAAAAGCUCAGCAGCCUCUGCAAAGCAGGAUGUUAAACGCUGCAGGGCUGCUUCUAUGUGGGCGACAAGGGCGGCGUCAUCAGCAUAAAGCAGCUCCCGGACAAGAUGGUUUAAGGUCUUAGUGUGGGCCUUCAGUCGCCUUAGGUUGAAUAGGCUUCCAUCAGUACGAUAUCAAAUGUAGAUACCAUCUUCAAUAUCGAGGUCUCCCUUGGCCCUUCGGAGCAUCAUGCUGAGAAAGAUUGUGAAUAGAGUUGGAGCAAGAACGCAGCCUUGUUUCACACCACUGGUUAUUAGAAAGGGCUCAGAAAGUGCAUUGCCAUAUCUGACUUGGCCAUGCUGAUCUUCACGAAGUAAGAUAAUCGUAUUAAGGAACAUUCCAAAAUCUGCCAUAGACCUUUUCUGCUCAAAGUAUCGAAAGCCUUGGUGAGAUCAACAAAGGUUACAUAGAGACCUUUGUUCCUGUUCCCUACACUUCUCUUGCAGUUGUCUGAGAACAAAUACCAUGUCUGUGGUACUCCUGUUGGCUCUGAAACCACACUGACUUUCAGGUAGAAUUCCUUCUGCUAUAGCGGGUAUUAGUCUGUUCAAAAAUAUUCUUACCAGGAUCUUGCCAGCAAUAGAGAGCAGAGUAAUACCACGGUAAUUUGAACAGUCUGAUUUAUCUCCUUUCUUCUUAUACAAGGUGCUGAUGACUGCGUCAUGAAGGUCUGAUGGUAGUUCACCUAGUUCCCAGCAGUGCACCACAAACUCAUGAAAUUUAGCAUGGAGUGCUUGGCCCCCAUGCUUCCAGACUUUAGGUGGAAUUCCAUCAACCCCAGCUGCCUUGCCAGUUUUCACCUGCUGUAUGGCCUUAAGGGUUUCUCCCACAGUAGGGGCAAUAUCCAGUUCAUUCUUCACUGGUUGUUGUGUAAUGUGCUGAAUUGCUGAGUCUUGAACUACACGGCUAGUACUGAAAAGAGUCUGAAAGUGUUCAGACUCAGAAUGGAGGUUUUAUCUGUGACAAGCAUUUGACCAUCUGACCCUGAGUAGAGAGAGGGCUUUGGACCUGAUAUGUAGUCUCCUCCUUGGGAUACUGCCCUGCCACGACCCGCGGGGAAAAGGAAAGGGAUCGGGCACUGCAAAUCAGGGUCUUGACACAGUAGAAGUCUCGGGAAGCAAUGCCAAACUUUAUUAGGGAAACAGUAACUUAUAUAGGAUAGGUUCAGGGGUGGAGUCUGGGCUAGGGAGGAGCAUAAGACUGGCAACUCAGGGAUGAAUGUGAUUGGGCAACAGGGUAAGGAGGGGAGGAGUUUGGGUGUAGUUGGGGAAACGGGCCAAUGGUAGCUGCCUCUGCACUGCACCAAACAUCAGCCAAUGGCAGGCAGAGGAGCGGGAAAACAGGAUUAAGGCGGGAAAACUGUGAGGGGAGGAAGGAGACAAUACGGUGGGUAGGAUUUUAAAACAACAACUGGGGGUACACACAACCAUAUAACAAUACAAUAAUAAACUGGGAAGAACUGGGGUAAAACUGUCAAGUCCAGGGAGUGUCAUAUCCAGUGUAAGAGUGUCUAUUCUGGUAUAAAAGUGUCCAUUUAUGGGUCAUAAAUCUUUCUCCAGGCUUCAUAUUUUUGCCACUUCGUCUCUUCUCCUCCAACACUGCCCCUUUUACAUUUGAACUUAAGGUGGAAGUUAAGUUUACAGCACACAAGCCAAUGGUCUGUUUGGCAUUCUGCCCUGGGCAUCACACAGGUGUGGUGGACAUCGUGAACAUCUCUCUUUCGCACCAAGACAUAAUCAAUGAGUUGCCAAUGCUUAGAUCUAGGAUGCAUCCAGGUUGUCUUCAGACUAUUUUUCUGCUGAAAGACAGUGUUAGUGAUGGUGAGCUGUUGCUCCACACAGAAUUCUAGCAGAAGGCAUCCAUUAUCGUUGCAGUUUCCAAUACCAUGCUUGCCUAAUACUCCUUUCCAGGCUUCAGCGUUCUUUCCUACUCUGGCAUUGAAAUCACCAAGGAUAAUUGCCACGGCCCGCGGGGUAAGGGAAAUGAGACCAGGCACUGCAAUAAGGGUCUUUGACACAGCAGAGGUCUUGUGGAGCAAUGCCAACUUUAUGAGGAGAGCACGAGACUUAAAUAGGAUAGGAUAAAGGGGUGGAACCAGGCGAGGGGAGGUGUUUAGGAUUGACAUCUCAGGGGCACACAUGAUAGGGCGACUGGGUGAGGAAGGGAAAAGUUUUGGUGUUAGCGGGGAAAUGGGCCAAUGGUAGCUCUCCCUGCACUGCAGCACUUAGUGACCAAUCAGGUGCAGGGGAGCGGGAAAACAGAGGGAACAACAAGGUUUAGGCGGGAAAACUGUGAGGGGAAGAAGGAGACAAUAUGGAGGAUGGGAUUUUAAAACAGCAACUAGGGUAUACACAACACUAUAACCAUAUAACAAUAAACUGGGGAAAACUGGGGAUAACAGGGGAAACUGUCCAGUCCAUUGUAAAGCCAUAUCCAGUAGAUAAAUGCCCAUUUUGGUGUAAUUGCAUCUCAUUCCGGGUUGUAUAUCUGUCUCCAAGCUUGGAACUGUUUCCAUUCAUCUUCAUGUUCUCCAACAGAUAAUGAUCUUAUCAUUUGCGGGAAUCUUUUGGGUAAGGCGGCGCAGGUCGGUGUAAAACUUAUCUUUUUCAGCAGGGUCAGCUUGGAGACUUGGGGCAUAUAUACUAAAGAGGACAAUGUGGUGUUUGUUGUGUAGUGGAAGGGGGAGGGAGAUAAUGUGAUCCGAAUGACCUGUCAGCAGAUUUUCAAUUUCAGGGACAAUGGAGUUUUUAAUCAUGAAGCCAAUUCCUGAGAUGCCUUUCAGUUCUGGGUUUACCUGACCAAAAGAGUGUAUAACCGGCACCAUGUUCUCUAAGGCUGCCUUUCUUCACUGAGAGCAGCAAUGUCGAUGUUGAGACAUGACAGUUCAUGGGCAAUUAGUGCAGAAUGGCGCUCAGGAAGACCACUGUCCGCAGUAUCAAGCAUGGUUCUGAUGUUCCAACAUGCAAGUGUCAAUUUGAGUACACCUUUGAAGGCAGAUGUAUGCCUUUGUUUCUUAGACUUUGUUUGACUGCAUCAGAAGAUGCCCGUUGGCCGUGGUUAACCAACCGGGUGAAGAGUGGAGAUGAGCUGUGGUUAGGCCACCUUUUCUAGGCCCCUCUCCGAGUGGAGCAAGCUGUGCUGUCCUUGAAAAAGGCUGCUUGGUCAUUCAGGAUGCUGCCAAAUGAGACUGUCAUCUCUAGGGUGUCAUGGUUUGAGAUAGCCCCAAAAAUCUAAUUCCCUAGUCUAAGCCCCCUCCCACAUCUCAACCUAAUGUGAGAUGGGUUUUCCCAGACAAAACACACCAGACUCCAAAUGGGGGAAAGGGAAUAUAUUACAAUGACUGUACAAAUAAAUAUUAUAACACAUUAUACACACGAUCACAACUAUCUCUACCAUGACAUAUAGUAUUUACAAUGGAUCAGAUCUCUUCUCCCCUCCAAAUAAAAGUCCAGGAGGGAAAAAAGGACAGAUCCCUUCCAGUCUCUAAGCAGGAGUAUCUUCUACAGCAGCAAUCUGUCUUCUUCAGCAUGCAACAGCUGAUAGCUGGAUUUCUGCCAGCACUCACGAGGGAGGUAUCCAAGCUCCCUCGGCCCCGUCGCCACCAAGCGAGGAAUCUUCCGUGGACUACGUCACCCCAGACAAGGUCGUUCCACCACGGUCAUAUCACGAGCACAGGGGGCUUCGUGACAGUCUGGUAUCUUCAGGAGAUUCAAGCUCCUUGCAGGGCCUCUGUGCCCUGCCUCAGGCUGCGAGCUUCUUUGUAGCUUGCAGCAAGGGAGGGCCCCCAAGAUCACCCUCUCCGCAUUCCAUCUGGCCAUCCUGGUCCAGCUCCGGGACGUCUUUGAGUUUCUUAGCUCCUCUCUCUCCGGUGCUGCUGUACUCCAAGGCUCCUCUCAAAUAGGAGUCCAUCUAUUCCUCCUUUCUCGGAGGUCUCAAAGGAGUUUGGGGGGUCUGGUAUCAGUUCUUACCCCCAGAACUCUGUAGCUCUGCUGCUGACUCUCCUUCUCAGCUCUCCAAGACAACUCGGUGUCUUCCUUACUCAGUUGCAUGUCUCUGCUGCUUCUCCGGUUCAGUUCUUAUCUGUCCUGGCUCUUAGCCAGAGUCUCUGGACGCUGCGUCUGCUGCUGCUGUCUCUGCUCACCCACAGUGGAGAAAACAUCUCCUGGCAUAACUACAGGCACCUAGCCCAGCUUUAUGCUGUUCCAGGUCCCCACAGGCCCCCACUAGGGGCUGGGGGCCAAAGCCCCCCCGUGUGGUGCCACGACCCGCUGGGGGAAGGGAAUGGGGUCGGGCACUGCAAGGAAAGGUUCUUCACACGGUGGAGGUUGGUGAAGCAAUGCCAAAGUUUAUUAAGGGGACAACAACUUAUAUAGGGUUGGAUUGAGGGUGGAGUUUGGGUUAAGGAGGAGCAAGAGACUGACAACUUGGGGAUAAAGGUGAUUGGGCAGCUGGGUAAAGAGGGGAGGAGUUUAGGUAUCACCGGGGGAAUGGACCAAUAACAGCUACCUCUGCACUGCACCAGACUCUGACCAAUGGCAGGCAGAGGAGCGGGAAAACAGGGAAAAGGCGGGAAAACUGUGGGGAGAAGAAGGGGACAACAUGGAGGACAAAUUUAAAAAACAACAACUGGGGGUACAUAUAACACUAGAACACUACAACAGUGAACUGGGGAUAACUGGGGUACAACUGUCAUAAUUCAGAGGGUGUCACAUUCGGUAUUAUAAGUCUAGUCCGGUGUAUAAAUGUCUUUUCAGGGGUUAUAAAUCCUCCUCCAGGCUUCGUAUCUCUCCCAAUCGGUUUCUUUCCCUCCAACAGUGGGGCUCUGAGCCCCUUCCUCGUGGCUCUACAACAUGGCCAUCACUCCUCAACAACCAAACUACAACUCAUCUCUUCCGGUCAGCUUGUGGAAUGUUUAUAUUUUGCAGGAGCGCCCAUUGGGCAAAACUUCAAAACUUCCAGGGGUUUCCACCCCUUGGGGUUUUACCAUUUUUCUUAGCCUCUGGGGGAAAACAAGGUCCAAACUACUACAUGGGGUCAGUCUCAGGCAACCAAUAUCCUGAAUCACCUGCAUGCAGGGUUGGGUCUGCGGCUUGCAGUGCACCUUUCACCUGCUGUUUCAACCCUCACCUGUCGCUACAGGACUUUACAAAUGUGGAUAUCACCCUCAAGCCUGCGCAAUGGAUUUUUUUGAUUAGAUGCAGCAUGCACAGAACUGGACCCAUCCUUUAAUCCUAAGGUUCAUCUGCCAGGGCGUAGUGAGCUUGGACGCUGACAGAGAGGUCUUUAGGACAUAGGUUUAAUUAGAGUGUCCUUCUCUAAGAUGGAUGGCCUUACAGGGAUAAGUGAGCUCCAUCUGCCCGGGUUUGGAAUUAGAGUUGUCCUUCUCCUAGAUGGAUAUUGUACUUAACUGUCAUCUGGGGACAUUGGUGUGGUUGAGGUAGUAUUGUUGCAUAAUUGUAGUUUUAUUUGAGGCAUUAUUGAUAUAAAGUGUUCUUGAAUUUACAUACACAUACACAUCUUUUCACUCAAGGAGGCAGCCACCACAGUCACACUUCAUGCACACGAUUUAAAUCUUUAUUCUGACUGUGCGUUCCUUCUUCAUCAUUUGCAAUUUCUGGUGAUUGUUCCUGUUCUGAAGAAGAAUUAAUGUAAGGCCUGACACACCUAGAGGGGAUCCAUCUUAAUUGAGCACCCAUGGAUAUGCAUGUAUAUCCUCUCCCACUUUUUUGCUUUUGUAACAUGGCUCUUGAAAUUGACCUGUCAAAAGACAGGGAGAGAGAAAGAGAAAAACACAUGGCCCUGGCUAUGGGGGCUUGAGUGGUUGGGGAAACAGCAACGUGUAAACUGGAAGCUCAGAGUGCGAAAUGCUAUGAUGAAAAGGAGAGAGAUACUGCCUGGAAAGUGUGUAAAGAAGAUAGGAAGGAGAACAAACAUGCAGGAGAGUUAGCUGGCGAGAUGGAUCUUGGGGAAGAGAUCAGAAGCAUCACACUUGGGACCCUUACUACCCCUCCAUCUCCUAAAUCUCUUCUUCUCACCCUCCCAGUUGUGAAGGGAGAUCCAACUAGUUUGAUUUAGACCAAAUCUUUGCACUGCCCCGGAGCCCUUUGGCUUUGGAAGUUUUCUUGCUUGCCUGGUGCUGGUUGGCUCCCUGAGCUCCAUUAGGUGCUCUUCUAGGUCUUGGGAUAUCGCUGCUGCAGCAGCUACUGUUGUCUUGGCUCCUCUCUCCGAAUGUCCCUCUCAAUGCUGUUGUGAGCAGGAAGAGGACUGGGGGGAGAGGCUCCCAAACCUUGCAGUGCUGGUUCUGUGGCUCAGCCCUGUGUCCCUGUCCCGGGUAGAGGGAGAGUUGGUGGGAACAGCUGGGGGCUGCUGCUCUUUCAGAACUUCUGUUCUAGCACCAGAGGCUGUGGGCACCCCCGCACGACCACCUAUCCUCAUUAAGAGAGGACAUGACUGAUUCCCUUCCUGUGUCCUCCAUAAACUCACUGCCCUCCGGAUCAUCAUACUCUUCAUAUGCUUCUUCAGGCAGGGACACAUUAGGGCAUGUCAGCGGGGGCAGACUCGUGUUUCCUCAGCAGCCUCACGGCGAGAGUGUAACGGCUGCUCCUCCGUAACGGCCGUGCAACAUGAACAAAGUCAAGUGGUACGCAUCUCCUUCUCCUUCUCCCUCCUCCUUUGAUCCCAAGGGCCCUCCCGCACUCCCACAUUUGCACCUCAUCUCUAGGGGAACGCUAGGGGGAGCAGGGGCAGCAGGAGGAACAGGGGGAAAGGGACCUGUUGCCGCAGCAGGAGCUAAUCUCCUUUGUGCCAUUUUGAAAGUAUCCACCAUUUCCCUCCAUGUGGCUAAGUUCCCAAACGCCUCUAGGUCUCCAGAAAUUGCUCUCUUGUAAAGUCUCUUGCCAAUUUUUGCCAAGCAGUCAUUUGAAGGGUUCCGGCCAGCGGAAAUCCCAGUGCAGUCACGGCAAUCCCUAUUAAAAGUGCCAGCAAUUUAGCUUCCGUAAUUUCUUUUUUCUGUCUUUUUUUUUUUUUUUAUUAAAAAACUAGUGUGAGGCUUCAGCAUUCUGUUUCAUCUCUUGGGAAUUACAUCCUGCCUUCCCUGGCUGCUCACCUCUGAAUCGAAUGCUGAAUUUUCUUCUUUUUUCCUAUAGUCCUAUAACUUCAGAGGUGAUUGGCGCGCACAGUGUCCUCGAGGAGUUCCUCCUUUCCUUUCAGUUCAGCCAGGGGCUGCCACCGGUAGAAGUUCCAGCAGCCUAAUGCUCUGGUUCCCGACAUCUCUCUUAAAGUCCCUGCUCGGGCGCCACUUGUGACAGUGAGGCACGGACCCACCAGAUUGAGUGCAAGCUGGCAAAUCAUUUAUUAACAGUCAAGCACACGGUUUUAUACUCCUCGGUUACAUAAGAGGUUACAUAACCAUAGAGCACGUGCUAUUUCCCCAACAAUCAUUCUCCAAUCCUUCCAGUGGGCAUGUGCAGUCGAGCACUCUCUUUGGGGGCCUGCUGCCCCCAUCCUUCCUUGCAAUAAUCUUCCUGUAAGGUGUUAACCCUUUCUCACAAAGUCCAACCCUUGAUCCACUACUGCCGUGGUUACCAGACUAUGGCACUGAUGCCACAUCCAGUCUCAUCUUAAAAACCUCCAGGAUGGAGAAUCCACCACUUCCCUGGGCAGCCCAUUCCAAUGCCUGAUUACUCUCUCUAUAAAAAAUUUCUUCCUAAUAUCCAACCUAAACCUCCCCUGGCACAGCUUAAGACCAUGCCCUCUUGUCUUACUAAGAGCUGCCUGACAGAAGAGACCAACCCCCACCUGGCACAACCUCGUUUCAGGGAGUUGUAGAGAGUGAUGAGGUCUCCCCUGAGCCUCCUCUUCUCCAAGCUGAACAACUCCAGCUCCCUCAGCCUCUUCUCAUAGGACCUGUGCUCUAGUCCCUUCACCAGCCUUGUUGCUCUUCCCUGGACCUGAUCCAGCACCUCAGUAUCCUUCCUGAACUGAGGGGCCCAGAACUGGACACAGCAGUGUCCACUUUACACUCGAGGUGUGGCCUCACCAGGGCUGAGUACAGGGGAAGAAUCAUUUCCCUGGUCCUGCUGGCCACACUGUUCCUGAUCCAGGCCAGGAUGCCAUUGGCCUUCUUGGCCACCUGGGCACACUAUGGCUGACAUUCAGCUUCCUGUCAAUCCAAACUCCCAGGUCCCUUUCUGCCCUUUCCCCAGCCACUCUGUGCUCAGCCUGUAGUGCUGCAGGCGGUUGUUGUGGCCAAAGUGCAGGACCCGGCACUUGGCCUGGUUGAACCUCAUCCUGUUGGAAUCAGACCAUCUCUCCAGCUUGUCGAGGUCCCUCUGCAGAGCCCUCCUGCCUUCCAGCAGAUCAACACACACCCCGAACUUGGUGUCAUCUGCAAAUUUGCUAAUAAUACACUCAAUUCCCUCAUCCAGAUCAUCAGUAAGGAUAUUAAACAGAACUGGGCCCAACACUGAUAGCUGGGGGACACCACUAGUGACCGACCACCAACUGGAUGCAUGAUUCCAAAUAAGCCUGAAGGCAGCCAGAAGCUACAAGAUCCCUCAUUGCCUCCCUGUUGUGGGAACCCCUGAGCAAGGGUGAGUCAAUGGUGUUGAGUCCCAUCAUCAAGGAGAACCCCAUGGUUUGUCACACAUUGAUUUGCAAAGCUGACCAUUGAAACAGCCUUUGCCUUUUCAGUUGGGCAGGAUCUUACCAGGAGCCACUGGUAAGAGAUCCUACAGCCUUAGAAGCCCCUGAUGCUGUUUUCUAUACUGUAAGUUUUCAGGUUAGAACUGCACUUUAAUCCAUUCACUGCUGGUUUUCAGUUACACCUGAUGUUUCCACUACUUUUCUAUGCUAUUCUGUCUUCCUAGAUGUGCUGGAAAUGCAUGGUAGCACCCAACACAUUUUGUGCCUAAACAGGGAAAUCAAAGUCACUGUCUUCAAAUAAGCAUUUAAACAGCAUCAUGUUUAAUUUAUGAAAUCAUCACAUAAUUACACAAGACAAACCUACCUCACAGGGAUGUUGUGAGGCUUUCAUAAGUAUUUGUAUGGCUUUCAGAAAAAUGAAGCCACCCUGUAAGUGCUUAAUAGUAUUUUAAUAAAUACUUAAAUAUUUUUGUCCAGA